GAUACUGCGAGCAUACCUCUCAGGAAGACCUCCGACCUUGAGACCGAGGAGACUUGAGCCGCCUCCGUUCUGACUUCGGAGUACUGCUGGAGACGACGACGAGAGAUUGCUUUGAGGAGUCGGGAGGAUUGGCCGCACGGCGCAGCUUUGCAGGAAGAAUCGGCCGUGUGCAUUCGGCACAGCAAUAGCAACGAGCAAUAUGGUUGGCAUCGGCAGACUAUGCGCCUUUGCGGCGGCGUGGAGUUCCGCAGUGGCUCACACAGUCAUCACAUAUCCAGGCUGGAGAGGGAACAAUCUACACACGAACGGCACAUUACCUCAAUUCAAUCCCGACACGGUCGGUAUUGAUACCUACGAGAAUGGAACACACGGCUUCCCGUUCGGCAUGCAAUGGAUUUACCCAUGCGGCGGCAUGCCCUUGACCACAAAUCGAACGAAAUGGCCAGUCGGCGGUGGCGCCUUAUCCUUCCAACCCGGCUGGUUUCCCGGUCACUCCAAAGCCUUGGUCUAUGUGAACAUUGGUAUCACAGAACCGAACAUGCAGGCGCCGCCGAAUUAUUCGCAUCCCGUCGUACCGCCUUUUCAGAUCGUCGGACCGACCAAUACAUAUUACAACGGUCAAGUCUGCCUACCGCAAGUACGCAUGCCUGCGAAUCUGUCGUUGCAGGUAGGAGACAACAUUACAAUCCAAGUCAUCGAGACGGCGCAGCAUGGAGCGGCAUUGUACAGUUGCGUGGACGUCACUCUCGUGGAGCCGGAAGAAAUCUCCGAAGAUCCAGCAAUGGAAGUCACGCCGCAGAACUGGUGA